CAGCCCCUGACCUAGCCCAUAUCUGCACGCCUGCACGCCCAGCACUCUCGCACUCGACGGACGCGCCGCCCGACCAACCCGCUCGAGCGCCGCCGCUCGCCGUUGCCGGCGACGAGCCGCCGCCCGCCGGAAGGAGGAGUGCCGGCUGCAAUCUCCGAAAAGCGAGGUCCAGAUAAGCAGAAACAAGCAGUGCCUACAUCUUCCAUGGCACUCGUCGUGAUGUGUGGGCAGCCUUGCAGCGGCAAAUCAGCCGCUGCUGCUUGCCUUGCUGCUGCACUGCGCACCUCCUCAACAGACCUUAUUGUCCGUAUCAUUGACGAGUCAUCACUCCAUCUCGGACGCAAUGAUAGCUACAAAGAUAUGGUCGUGGAAAAAAACUUGAGAGGAGUUCUUAGAUCAGAAGUUGACAGAUCGGUGUCACGAGACAGCAUAAUUAUUGUCGACUCACUGAACAAUAUUAAGGGGUACCGAUAUGAGCUGUGGUGUCUUGCACGUGCAUCUGGAGUAAGAUAUUGUGUGCUUUUUUGUGAUACAGAAGUGGACCUUUGUAGGGAAUGGAACAGUAACCGCCAGGAGAAAGGAGAACCAGCAUACGAUAGUAAUAUAUUUGAAGAUCUUGUGAGGAGGUUUGAGAAUCCAGAUAGGCGUAAUCGUUGGGAUUCCCCUCUUUUUGAAUUGUUUCCAUCCAGAGAUGAAAUAGUGGAAUCAGCUCCUGUCAUUGCCGAGGCUGUGUCGUAUUUGACAAAGAAGGUGGAUUCAAAAACAAGAGAUGUAAAAGUUCUCCAACCUACAAUUGCCACUCAGACUGUGAGAACAUCAGAGGCUAAUUCCCUUUAUGAGAUGGACAAAGCAACACAGGAAGUGGUGAAUGCAAUUGUUGAAGCACAAUCCUGUGGUCUUGGGCUCGCCAUGAACAAGAUUUCUAUUGGACCUAACUUGCCAACUAUCAAUCUUCAAAGAUCUGUUGGCCUGCCUGAGCUCCGAAGCCUGCGACGAACUUUCAUUAAGCUGGCGGGGCAGUACAGCCUGAGUGGCCCACCACCGCCGACUGAUGCCGAUAGUGCAAAGAGGAUGUUUGUUGACUACUUAAACCGUGAAGUUGGUGCUUGAUGGGUUUUCCUCUCUGAUGCAUUAAUAAUUUGGGGGCUAACAUAUACUUUUAGUGGCGUUGACUAGACUGCCUGCCCUGAUUGUAUCUUCGGUAUAGGAUUUCAAUAAUGCUGAUAUCAUACAGGAAUUCUUGUACCUUGUGUAAAACACAAAAUUCUAGGGAAACUGAACUUGAAAAUCCGCUUGUUUCAAUUCAUAUUAUUAUUCUUACCA